AUGCCUCUGCCGGAGAGCCUCGCACAAACCAGUCAUCGCCGUGUGGUGGCAGCUUUGUUAGUGCAUCACGCAGAUGUGUCGCUGAUUUUGAAAGUGUACGGUGAUGUUAAUCUUGAGUACUCUUGUAGAGAAAGAAAGAAAUUGAACUGCGGGUGGAUUGAUGUUUUGGUGGUGGUGGUGGUGUUGUUUGUGGAGGAAGAAAGGAAAAAGUCAGGAAAAGAUCAUCUAGGCUUUGAGUCGCUUCCUUUACUCCGAAAUGUUGAUAGCGAGAAAAAUGACCUUGGGGCUGAAAAAUCAAAGUAUAGCUAA